GCCGCGUGGUGCGCACUCAAGGGCAUCCGGACCGGCGCGCGAGAGACAGAAGCAAUUCGAUAACGGACCGCACAGGUUUCCUCGUGUCCGGGACUGUCACUGUAGUUCUGCGCCGAAGUGAAGAGUCCUGAGAAGCAGCAAUGGAACAAGCAAGGUCAACAAUAUCCAAAAUUUUUAACGGUGAGCCUCACACCUAUACCCGCUUCAACCUGACCCAGAACAUGGAGGGCGACACCAGCCAGGUGGAGAUGAAGCUGUCGACGGACGAGGAGGCUGUGGAGAACGGCGUGGGAGACCAUCRUCAUCAUCACGGCACCAACGGCAGACCCUACACGGUUCAAAAGAUGCAGCGCACGCCCAAGAACUUGUGCUACAUGGCGUGUGGCAUCCUCCUCAUCUUCAUCAUCGGUAARCUUGAGGCACUAAAGCAGGAAUGUUAGACGCACCGAUCCGG